UUUUCCCAUUAUGGCGGAGGGGCCAGCCGUGCGGACGGACUGUCUCUCCCACUCUGAUGCUUGUUUUGUGUCUUGAGGGAGGGCGUUUUAUUUUUAUUUUUUUACACUUACUCACAACGGGCCGGCUCCUUUUCAACUAGACCGCACUCGAGUUUCUCGGCGAAGCCAUGGCGGACCGCGGCGUGGAUUUGUCCGCCCUGCCAAAAGAGGUUAGAGACCAACUGGCGGAGUUGGAUCUGGAGCUGUCUGAAGGUGACAUCACGCAGAAGGGCUAUGAGAAGAAGAGAGCCAAGCUGUUGGCCUCCUACAUCCCCCAUUUGCCAAAUGUGGAUCUGUCUCUGCCAGAUGUGCAGCUUUCCCCAGGCCAUAGUGCUGACCCCAGCCCGAGUCCUGAGGCUCCGGGGCCCUCCACAUCUUCAGCUGCCAAACACCACCGCGCACAUCGCAGUGGAGGGGCCAGAGACGAGCGCUACAGAUCAGACAUCCACACGGAGGCUGUUCAGGCAGCGCUGGCCAAACACAAAGAAGAGAAGAUGGCACUGCCCAUGCCAACCAAGAGACGCUCAGCCUUUGUCCAGUCGCCUAUAGACACCUGCACACCCCCAGACACAUCUUCUGCAUCAGAGGAUGAGGGCUCACUGCGCAGAAAGGCAGCUCUCAGUGCAGUGCUAGCUCAGAGCCUGCAGAGCCCUGAUUACUGGAUCAACCGUUCCGUCCAAAGCUCCUCCACGUCCUCGUCUGCUUCCUCCACCCUCUCCCAUGGAGAGCCCAAGACACAGCCACAGCCCCAGCCCCCACCUGCUGCUUCUUUGUUAGCAGAUGUGCUGGCACACACACGCAUAGAAAACAGUGUCCCCCCAGAUGUGACAUCCUCCACUCCCCAGGAGAGAGGGUCCAGGGUGGACCUGCCGCCAGCGGUCAGGGGCAUGAGCCGUGGACAGAGCCGCUCCAGCAUGCUGGACACUGCUGACGGAAAAAGAAAAGGCGUGCCUGUCAGCAGCAGGGUGUCCACUAAGAUCCAGCAGCUGUUGAACACACUCAAACGGCCGAAGAGACCACCACUCAGCGAAUUCUUCCUCGAUGACUCUGAGGAAAUUGUAGAAGUGCCCCAGCCGGACCCCAACACCCCGAAGCCUGAGGGACGUCAAAUCAUCCCAGUGAAGGGGGAGCCCCUCGGAGUGGUCAGUAACUGGCCUCCUGCCCUGCAGGCUGCCCUUGCUCGCUGGGGGGCCACACAGGCCAAGAGUCCUGCCCUCACUGCUCUGGACAUCACCGGCAAACCCCUCUACACACUCACAUACGGAAAACUGUGGAGUCGCAGUCUGAAACUGGCCUAUACACUGCUGAAUAAACUGGGCACCAAGACAGAACCUGUCCUGCAACCUGGAGAUCGGGUGGCACUGGUGUACCCAAACAGCGACCCCGGUAUGUUCUGGGUGGCUUUCUACGGCUGCCUGUUGGCUGAGGUCAUCCCUGUGCCCAUUGAGGUACCACUGUCACGACAGGAUGCAGGCAGCCAGCAGAUUGGCUUCCUGUUGGGCAGCUGUGGUGUUAGUCUAGCAUUGACCAGUGAGGUGUGUCUCAAAGGGCUGCCUAAGACACCAAACGGAGAGAUCAUCCAGUUCAAAGGAUGGCCAAGGAUGAAAUGGGUAGUGACAGACACCAAGUAUCUGACCAAACCAUCCAAAGACUGGCAGCCUCACAUCCCAACUGCCAACACAGACACCGCCUACAUAGAGUACAAGGCCAGUAAAGAGGGGACGGUGAUGGGAGUUGCUGUGUCCAAGAUCUCCAUGCUGACCCACUGUCAGGCCCUGACGCAGGCCUGUAACUACUGUGAAGGAGAGACACUGGUCAAUGUAUUGGACUGCAAGAAGGAUAUGGGCAUGUGGCACGGCGUCUUAACGAGUGUCAUGAACAGAAUUCACACCAUCACCGUGCCAUAUGCUGUCAUGAAAGCAUGUCCCAUGUCCUGGGUGCAGAGGGUCCACAUUCACAAAGCACGUGUGGCCUUAGUGAAGUGCCGUGACCUCCACUGGGCCAUGAUGGCCCACAAAGAACAGAAGGACACCAACCUGUCCUCCAUACGUAUGCUUAUUGUGGCUGAUGGAGCAAACCCAUGGUCUGUGUCGUCGUGUGAUGCCUUCCUGAAUGUGUUUCAGUCUCAUGGUUUGAAGCCUGAGGUGAUCUGUCCAUGUGCCACCUCACCUGAGGCACUGACUGUAGCCAUACGCAGGCCUGGUGCACGAGGAGCUCCACUACCAGCCAGAGCCAUCCUGUCGAUGGGCGGGCUGAGCCACGGGGUGAUCAGGGUGAACACAGAGGACAAGAACUCUGCUCUCACUGUUCAGGAUGUGGGCCACAUCAUGCCUGGAGCUCUGAUGUGCAUUGUGAAACCUGACGGGCCUCCUCAGCUGUGCAAGACAGAUGAAAUAGGAGAGAUUGUGAUCAACUCUCGGGCUGGAGGGACCAUGUACUACGGUCUGCCUGGUGUCACCAAGAACACAUUCGAGGUGAUCCCCGUCAACCAAGCUGGAGCACCCAUAGGAGAAAUCCCCUUCACCCGGACUGGUCUGCUUGGAUUUGUAGGACCGGGCAGUCUGGUGUUUGUUGUGGGGAAGAUUGAGGGGCUGCUGAUGGUGAGUGGGCGACGUCACAACGCAGACGACCUGGUUGCCACCGCGCUGGCAGUGGAACCUGUGAAAACAGUUUACAGGGGGAGGAUCGCUGUGUUCUCAGUGACGGUGUUUUAUGACGAGAGAAUAGUGAUCGUGGCAGAGCAGAGACCUGACGCCAGUGAGGAAGACAGCUUUCAGUGGAUGAGUCGAGUACUGCAGGCCAUCGACAGUAUCCAUCAGGUCGGCCUGUACUGCCUCGCCCUCGUCCCGGCCAACACCCUCCCAAAGACGCCCCUUGGAGGCAUCCACAUCUGUGAAACCAAGCAGAACUUUCUGGAGGGAAACCUGCACCCCUGUAAUAUCCUCAUGUGCCCGCACACCUGUGUUACCAACAUGCCCAAGCCGCGCCAGAAACAGCCAGUGGAUGUCGGUCCGGCUUCGAUGCUGGUUGGGAACUUGGUGGCAGGGAAGCGGAUUGCUCAGGCUACAGGCAGAGAGCUGGGUGUGGUGGAGGACCAGGAUCUGAUCCGGAAGCACCAGUUUUUGUCUGAAGCUCUGCAGUGGAGAGCUCAAACCGACCCAGACCAUGUCCUGUAUGUGCUGCUCAAUGCAAAGGGGGUGGCAGUGUGCACAGCCACUUGUGCUCAGCUGCACAAGAGAGCAGAGAAAAUCACAGCGACUCUCAUGGAGAGAGGAGGCCUCAACACAGGAGACAAUGUGGUGCUGCUUUAUCCCCCAGGUGUUGACCUGAUAGCUGCCUUCUAUGGCUGUCUCUAUGCGGGGGUCAUCCCUGUGACGGUGAGGCCGCCCCACCCACAGAACCUGGCUGCUACUCUCCCCACUGUCCGCAUGAUCAUAGAUGUGAGCAAAGCAGCCUGCAUCCUCACCACUCAGCCUCUCAUGAGGAUCCUCAGGUCCAGGGAGGCUGCUGCCAGCGUCAACAUCAAGACGUGGCCCACUAUCAUCGACACAGAUGAUCUCCCCAGGAAGCGACCUCCGCACAUCUAUAAACCCCCUACAGCUGAGAUGCUGGCCUACCUGGACUUCAGUGUGUCCACAACGGGCAUGCUGACUGGAGUCAAGAUGUCUCAUGCAGCGGUCAGUACUCUGUGCCGCUCCAUUAAGCUGCAGUGUGAGCUCUACUCCUCACGCCAAAUAGCCAUCUGCCUGGACCCAUACUGUGGCCUGGGCUUUGUCCUGUGGUGCCUCUCCAGUGUUUACUCAGGUCACCAGUCCAUUCUUAUCCCUCCCCUGGAGCUGGAGAGCUCGCUGCCUCUGUGGCUGAGCACGCUCAGUCAGUACAAGAUCAGAGACACCUUCUGCUCCUACUCUGUCAUGGAGCUCUGCACCAAAGGCCUGGGCACCCAGACGGAGAUACUGAAGGCGCGGGGUCUGAAUCUGUCGUGCGUGCGGAGCUGUGUGGUGAUAGCAGAGGAGCGUCCUCGCCUCUCUCUCACGCAGUCCUUCUCCAAGCUCUUCAAAGACCUCGGCCUUUCGCCGCGCGCCGUCAGCACCGCCUUCGGCUCCAGGGUGAACCUGGCCAUCUGCAUGCAGGGCACUGCUGGACCAGAUCCCUCCACUGUCUAUGUUGACAUGAAGUCUCUGCGCCACGACAGGGUGAGGCUGGUGGAGCGAGGAGCGCCACAGAGUCUUCCACUGAUGGAGUCUGGCACUAUCCUACCAGGAGUGAGGGUCAUCAUAGUCAACCCAGAGACCAGAGGCCCGCUAGGAGAUUCACAUCUCGGGGAGAUCUGGGUGAACAGCCCUCACAGUGCCAGCGGCUACUACACCAUCUACGGGGAGGAGAGCCUGCAGGCAGAUCAUUUCAACACCAGACUCAGUUUUGGGGAGCCCCACACUCUGUGGGCCAGGACGGGCUACCUGGGCUUCAUCAAGAGGACCGAGCUGCUGGAUGCAAGCGGAGAUCGUCAUGAUGCCUUGUUUGUUGUGGGCUCUCUUGAUGAAACGUUGGAGUUGAGGGGGUUACGCUAUCACCCCAUCGACAUAGAGACCUCUGUGUCCCGAGCCCACCGCUGCAUUGCAGAAAGUGCUGUGUUUACUUGGACCAACCUGCUGGUGGUGGUGGCGGAGCUGAGCGGCUCAGAGCAGGAAGCCUUGGACCUGGUGCCCCUCGUCACCAACGUGGUCCUGGAGGAGCACCACCUCAUCGUCGGGGUGGUGGUGAUCGUGGACCCCGGAGUGAUCCCCAUCAACUCCAGAGGAGAGAAGCAGAGGAUGCACCUGCGAGACUCCUUCCUGGCAGACCAACUGGACCCCAUCUACGUGGCCUACAACAUGUGAUUCACCAACCGACGAAAAUGCAGAAAACUGAGCCAGGCUCUGAGAACGGACGUGAGGGAGAAGGACUUUGGGGUGCGUUCAGUAGCAGCCCUGAUGUUAAACCUCAGACACAUUCAAAACACCAAACAAUGUGGGAAUGCAAGUACAGUAACGAGAACGUGCUUCCCUCACAGAAACAGUUCCUUCUUUCCUUCCACCUGCUCGAUCGCUGCAGUCCAGGUUCACUGAGAUCUACUGAGGGGGGAGGAUAUUUUCUCUCCUCUUGAUAGUAGAUGUCAAAUGGAGGAAAUUUGAUCCUCCCCGUGCAUCCCACUUCUCCCUCAUGGCUCCAAUUCAUGUUUUAUAAAGACUUUUAAUAACAUGCUUUCAUCAAAGAAAGAAAUCCUCCCCUCCUUCCAUUCCUUGGUUUUCAUCUUUGUGUGCUUCUUUUUUUUUUUUAACCCCGUCGCUUCUUGAAGGCAGGAUGGCGCACUGGAACUGCUGAGAGGAGCUGGAACUUUCACCCUCUUGCACUUUAAGUCCUCGCACCUCUGAGUCCACUUCCUGUCUCACCUGCCUCAAGGAGACACCCCCCAUGUUUGCUGCUUUCACCAGAGCAAAUCCACAUCAGUAUUAAACAGUGCCACCAGCGAGUGCAGCCCUGCGGGGGGCCGGUCCCGACACAUUACCUUCCUCUACCAGGUGCACCGUGGCUCUCACCUCCCAUCACAUACUGGAUUUGCCAGCAGACGUGCUGUCGGCAUUCACGUGCUACGAACUGUCCUAAAAAAAUACACUUGAAUUAUUUGUUGGUGUGGGAAAAGAAAGACUGGCUUCAUAAACAUACAGACGUAGAUAUUAAAAGUGAUCUUUGAUGGGCAGAAACACAGAUUCAUUUAUGGUGUGAGUCAGUCCGUUAGAUAGUUCUUACGAUUGUGAAGUACUAACAUGUUUCUUUUUAAAAGCACCAAUUUUCAGAAGACAAGUUGAAGCUAUACCUGGUGUUUAGGUGUGCAUGCUAAUUUGGGAUGCAAUCAGUGGCAAUGUGAAGACCAAAAAAAAAAAGCUGUGGCUUGUUUGGAUCGGUGGAUGGCAGCAUAUCACUCAGUCUUCAUGAGAAGGUGGAGUAUCACGGACUCCAGACAGACUCCGCCUGCUGAGUAUGUUGAUCUUGAGUAGAAAUGUUUUGGUCAAAUUUUGGACAGGAUAAUAAUAGUUUCCUGGUUUGAACUGAAGUGAGACGCUGGCUUUCAGUCUGUGUGUAAUUUCCCACAACAAAGCAAAGAGCAUCUUUGUGCGGUGUGUAGGUUUUAGGGGCAUCUAUGAGCAGAAAUGCAGUAUAAUAUUCAUAACUAUGUAAUUAAUGAAACAUAGUGCUGAGUUGUGAGCAACAUUAGAUCCGGACAUACGGAGCUUUCCGUCUGUAGCUACGGAUGAAACGGGACAGUACCACCAGAGAUCGUGGAGGCCGUUUAGUGUGGUUCAAGCGAGACAUGACCGUAGGACGCAACAAAGACAUUUUAAAAAUGACGGGAGAGGACCGAACUGUACAGUUAAAAGAAUUUUCCAUUCACUUGUUGCGAUGUAUUUAACGGCCUCAAAGACCACCACUGUCUCCUCAAGCAGCAGGGCUGAAAAUGAAGCCAAUAAGAAAGUGCCAAAAUCUGCAGUUUCUUGAAUGGACACUUGAGGCUGGCUCCGUCUCUGUCUUUGUUGUGACCAUAGACUGCCAUAGAUUGGCAUCGUAAGCGCCUUUCUGAAAAGUUCAAAGAUUUUCAACCAGAAGCACAGAGAACAGCCACACAUAAAAUUUGGAGCACUCUGAAAAAAUAUGCCGGGCGUGGCACUUUUUCUCCAGGCGGCCACGUGCAGCCACAGAUGCCCACUCCUCAUUGGUAAAAGCUUGAAAAAAGACACUGGUGCUGAGAACAAAAACGCAAGGUGGAAACACGCCCUACGGUUACACAUAAUUGAGGGCGAGGCCUCUUUAAAUGACAGGCUGUCUGCAAGGCGUCAGAUCCACCCCUCGCUCCUCCACAGCUCCAACCUCUCGUCAAAAUAUGGUCACUGUUGCUCCAAAACUUCAAGAUGGCUGCUACCAUACUGCUGAACUUGAGGCUUCAGAAUAGGAGUGAACAGAUCAAUGGCCGUAGAGGCGCACUCAGUUGCAAUCUCACUGCUAGAUGCCACUAAAUCCUUCACACUUCUCCUUUAGUAUUAGCGUCGCAGUCAAUUAGAUCAAUGUAGAUCCUCAGAAGGCAGGUCAGUGCCUUUUUAUUGCACCAUGGUGACAUUCAUGAUGACGGACUGUUGUAUUUAUACCAUUUAAAAAAAAAAAAAAAAAAGAUAUCAAGAAAGAGGACAGAACUUUGCCUUACUAAACCUGUGGAACUUCAUUACUUUUACUUUUUUUAAUCCCUCAUUUCUAGCUGAACUAUUUAAAUAAAUAUUCCACUAUUUUCACAAGUGGAAUCAGACGCCAGUUUUUUAACUCAUAUCACAUUUUUUUUUUUUUUUAGAGGAAGGGGGGUGUCAUGUUCUUUUUGCAAAGAUGUUUUUCAGUCAUGCCUUUCUCAUUUCAUCAUUACCAUUUAAAACAAUUCUUUCUGAAUGUCUGUAACACUGAAAAAAAAUUAGGAAUGAGCAACAAUCAGUGAGCAACCCGUGAUUUAAAAAUGCUAAAAAUCCUCCUUUAUAGAAAAGAAAUGGAGGCAAUAAAUGAGGGUAAGGAUGUUGUCUGUAUACUGUAUUUUAGAGGUCAAAUACUGUAUUACUGGUGUUAAUGUGUACAUGGAUAUGAACCUUGUCGAUAAAAACUUGACUGAUCUUUCAUACUUGACAGCAUUUUUCUGCAUUGUUAAUUUAAUGGUAUCACAUUGCAAAAGAGGAAACAAGGUUUCAGAUUAUUUUGGCAGGAACGAUGUGCACUUUCCCAAUAUCAUUUUAUCUGUGUGUGUGCGUAUACAUGAGGGAGUGUGUGUGUGUGCGUGUGAGUGUGUGUGUCCAGUUUAACAGUGAUAUUUGGCUUUUUUCUGGUGCAACAAAGUUUGUCUUUUGUAAGAAAACGAUCCCAGAAUAUUAAACCAUUUUUUCUUUCUUUUUUUUUUUAAUGUCGCCACCACUGUAUUUUAAUUCUUUCCAUCCAUGAUUGGAAUCAAAUAUGUUUUCUAGGGGUUUUAUCCAUAUUUUCUUGAUACAAUCUUUCUUUAAAUCUGCACAACUUCUGCAAACAGCUGUUUUUUAUGUAGAAGCAGCUCUACGUACAGCACAACACGACAAUAAACCACUCAUCGUUCAGUGACGGACACUGUUGCGAGCCAGUAUCCUGGGCACGUUUGAGUUACACAUGAAUAACAAAGUGAAGCUUCUGAGCUGCUGUGUGAUAAUUGCUUUGUUGCUUCUGUUUCACUCCAACAAGUUUUAAUAAAGUUUUAUAAUGUCAUGUUGGCCUUCAAGCCUUUUCAAUAGACAUUGGUGCUAUUCAAUAAGAGAAAGUUGACAAACUUUUGUCCUCCAAUGUCAUAACAAAGAAGGUUUCUUCCUGGACGCCCUUUUUUGUGUGAAAAAAAGUCAUUCUUUUUCCAUGCCAACAUUUCACUCACUGUUCAGUUAUAAAAUCGUUCGUCAUCACCAGUUUUUAUCGGCUCAGAGAUCCGAUGAAAACCUUCUUGACAUGGACAAUGCAACUCGACACAUCCACCAUUUCCAUUUUGAUAUUUAUUUCAGUUUUCAAGUUGUGGUGUUGUGAGGAAUGGCGUGCAUUUCAAACCUCCAAAGUUAUUCUAAGCACAAAAUGUACAUGUGAGGUAAUGAAAUUAGGAUCUUUCACACAAAAAGAAACAAACUCAAGGGCCCACAAUGUAUACCUCAACGACUGUCUGUUCACUAUGCAUCGUCGAGCUGCAGCAAAGACAUUCUGAACUAGUCAAUGGUGCGAUAACUUCUAACAACAUGUCUUACUUGACAAAAAACACUGUCACACUGUCAUUGGAUGUGUUUCAUGUCAAAUAAAAAAAAAAUCCUUUGUCA